AUGUCCGGGGAAUUCGCUAAAAGCUUGGGAAAAGGAACCCUUGCUCCAGGGCCAGUACCCGAAGGAAUCAUCCGUGUCUACAGUAUGCGUCACUGUCCUUUUGCACAGAGAACACGACUCGUCCUAAAAGCCAAAGGAAUCAAUCACGAAAUUGUUAAUAUCAAUUUGAGAAACAAACCAGAGUGGUUUUUUGAGAAGAACCCACUUGGAUUGGUACCUGUGCUAGAAACAAGCAAGGGUCAGCUGAUCAGUGAAUCCCCAAUCACUUGUGAAUAUUUGGAUGAAGCUUACCCAGAAAAUAAGUUGUACCCUGCGGACCCUUAUGAAAAAGCUUAUCAGAAAAUGCUUCUGGAAUACUUCUCCAAGGUACCUCCAAUAUGCAUCAGCUAUGCUCGGGCUAUCAGGAAUGGUGAAGAUGCAUCAGCAUUAAAGAAUGAGUACCAGAAGAAGCUUCUGAAGCUUGAAGAGAUGCUUGCAAACCAUAAAACUAAGUUCUUUGGUGGAAAUUCAGUAUCCAUGAUUGAUUAUCUAAUCUGGCCAUGGUUUGAACUGAUAGAAGCCUUCCAGUUACUUGAAUGUUUGGACCAUACUCCAGGAUUAAAAUGCUGGAUUGAUAGGAUGAAGCUAGAUCCAGCUGUUAAGGCUACAAUAACUGAUCCUCAAAUCUUUAAGGGCUUUCUUGAACUAUAUUUCAAUAAUAGUAUUGAAUCCUGUGAUUUUGGGCUCUGA